UUUGUAGAGCUAGCCCGCACAAGCUCAUUGACUUUCCCCUCCCGAUUUGCCCUGCCAAGCUCCGCUGCCCACACGAUCCACCGCCGCCGCCGCCGCCCCCGGAACACCGGCCGCCGGGCCCGGUCGCGGAUGGACGCGCUUUCGUCGGCGGGGAAUCUGAAGGGCCCGCGGCUCAAAGUGCGGCAGGAGUCGCACGCCAUCAAGAAGCCGCCCGGGGCGCAGGUGCAUGGCCGGCCGGAGCAGCAGCAAGGGCGGGCGGUGCGCGUCCACGCCAAUGUCAAGAACUUCAGGGAGAUUGUGCAGUAUCUGACCGGUGGCAUUCUAGCCUCCGACUCGGUUGUGCAGCAGCUAAUCUGUACCCUCGAGUGCCAGAUUGUUGAGACCGUGGAGCGGCAGUCCAUCCUGCCGCCGGAGCUGCCGCCCCCGCCUUCCGCUCCAAUGUCCCCGGCGGCGAGGCUGGAAUCCAUCGCGAGCUCCGUCCGGCCUGUGCCCGUAGACUUGACGGACGACAGAUCCGAGGACGGCGGCCUCGCGGUCGCGGGCGUUGCCGACGAUGACCGGCUCAGUUUGAAGUGUGCUUUGCCGUCCUCGUUGCUGCCGGAAUCGGCCUCGGGGCAGUUCUCGCCGCAAGGUCCGAAAUCAGAUGAUGACUGGCUCAGUCUUCACUGCCCUUUGCCGUCGUCGCCUCCGGUUGCGGCCUCGCGGCAGUUCUCGCCGGAAGGUCCGAAUUUGGCCGAGCAGCUUGAGCAAUUAGUCAGUGAUAUCAGCCGUGAAGACCAUUCACAAAUCAAGCAAAUGCGUCAGACCAAGAAGAGAGUUCAAAAACUACAGGCUCCUGUCUGUGCUAUGGCGGACGCCAUGUUCAGGCUCCCCGCGAAGCUGGACGGGCUACUGGCCCGCCACGGCCACACGCUGCCCCGCGGCGCGGAGGAGGAGAUACCUCUCAUCAAGCAAGAUCUGGAUAAGAUGGUGGCCCUUCUCCAGGAGCACGACGACUCCGGCGCAGCGGAGGACCGUGCUAUGACGGGCAAGUGCCUGGCCAAGGAGGUGCGCGAGCUUUCAUACGACAUGGAGGACACCGUCGACCAGUAUGAGCACGCCGCCGCCGCUACCAAGAGAGGAAUGUUAUCCCCUCGCCGCAAGAAGUACAAGAUCACUUGCCGCAGGAGUAAGGGCACCACUGGGCUUCGGGACAAGCUCAAGUGGCGCCUAUGGAUGGCCAACAAGAUCAGGGAGUUCAGCGUGCGCUCCCAGGAGGCGCUUCAGCGGUACAGCUUGUUUAACCACUCUGGUGACAAUGGCAUCAGUGCUGCUGCCAUUGGUGGCACUGGCUGCAGCACUUCUCCUAGAUCUGAUGCGUCGUUUGGCUCAUGGCGUCCCACGCGGUAUGGGAAGCCUAUUGGUAUCGAUGCCCCCAUGAAGAAGCUUGAAACGUGGCUGGGUAAGGAUGGAGAGCAGAGGCUCAAGGUUGCGUCCGUUGUUGGAUCUGUAGGGAUUGGUAAGACCACUCUUGCCAAAGAGCUGUACCGGAGAAUCGGCGGGCUAUUCGAGUGCCGGGCAUUUGUGCAUACGUCCCGAAAGCCUGAUGUCAGGAGGCUUCUCAUCAGCAUGCUCUCUCAGAUUCAGCCAUACCACACCCCUCACAAUUGGAAGGUGCAUAGCCUCAUUGCUGAUAUCAGGACACAUCUCCAAGACAAGAGGUACUUGAUCGUAAUUGAUGAUGUAUGGACUACCCAAACAUGGGAUAUCAUAAAUCGUGCCUUGCCAGCUGGUAAUCUUUGCAGUGCAAUACUCAUAACGACAGAAGUCGAUGAUGUAGCUCUGAAAUGUUGUGGUUAUGACUCUAAGAAUGUUCUCACGAUGAAACAACUUGGUCAUGAUGAUUCAAGCAAAUUAUUUUUCAGCACAGUUUUUGGCCCGCAAUAUGAGUGUCCUCCAGAACUCAGUGAAGUUGGAGACAGCAUUAUAAGGAAAUGUGCUGGUUUACCAUUAGCAAUGGUUACCGUUGCUAGUCUUUUAGUAAACCAUAUGGGGAAACCAGAGCGAUGGCAUUAUGUAAACAAAUCAUUAGGUUAUGGUUUGAGGACAAAUCCUACUUCAGAGGGGAUGAAACAAGUACUAGACCUUAGUUACAAUAAUCUUCCUCAGCAUUUGAAGCCAUGUGUGAUGUAUCUCAGCAUAUAUGAAGAGGACUACAUUAUUCAGAAGGAUGAUUUGGUAAAGCAAUGGAUAGCUGAAAGUUUUAUCCAUGCAACAGAAGAGAAAGAUAAGGAGGGAAUAUCAAGGAGCUAUUUUGAUCAGCUUAUCAGUAGCAGAGUGAUCCUACCUGUACACAUAAAUGAUAAUGAUGAUGUUUUAUCCUGUAUGGUGCAUCACAUAGUACUUGAUUUUCUUACACAGAAGUCCUUAGAAGAGAAUUUUAUCACCACAAUAGAUCAUUCUCAGACAACUGCAAGGCUUGCUGACAAGGUUCGUCGACUGUCUCUUCACUUUGGUAAUGCAGAAGCAACGCCACCAAUAAACAUGAGGCUAUCACAAGUUCGGACUUUCGCAUUUUUUGGGGUCUUCAAGUGUUUGCCCUCCAUUGUGGAGUUUCGGCUUCUUCAAGUUCUCAUCCUUCAUCUGUGGGGCAAUGAUGAAUCCAUCAGUGUUGAUCUCGCUGGAAUAUCUGAGCUUUUUCGGCUGAAAUAUUUGCAUUUCACAUGUAAUGCCACCUUAGAAGUACCACAAAACCAGAUGCGAGGUCUACGUUAUUUGGAGACACUGAAAAUAGAUGCAAGAGUAAGUGCAGUUCUGUCGGAUAUUGUUCAUUUGCCGGGCUUAUUGCAUCUAAGUCUUCCUGUUGAGUCAAAUCUGCCCAGUGGUAUUGGCAGCAUGACAUCGCUUUGCACACUUGGAUAUUUUAAUCUAUGUGUUAACUCAAUAGAUAAUGUGCAGAGCCUUGGUAAGCUGACCAAUCUCCGGGAUCUUCGACUGACCUGUUCUACAGUUCCUACUUACUUAAAGAGCAAAAUGGAUAAUAUGGGCUCUAUUCUUUCGAACCUCAGCAACCUCAGGUCUGUAACUCUGAAACCUUCAGGUAGUCUGGAGAGUGGUCCUUCCAGCAUGAGCAUUUCCUGUGAUGGCUUGACCAGCGUUUCCUCUCCUCCGGUGUUUCUUGAGAGAUUUGAGUGGUUUCCGCACAUUUGCACCUUCUCCAGUAUACCCAGGUGGAUUGGACACCUCAACAAGCUCUGCAUUUUAAAGAUUGGGGUUAGGGAACUGGCGAGUGAUGAUGUUGAUGUUCUCAGAGGAUUGCCUGCACUAACUGUUUUGUCGUUAUAUGUCAGAGCAAAGCCCGCAGAAAGAAUUGUCUUCACUAAGACAGGAUUCUCGGUUCUCAAUUGCUUCAAGUUCAGGUGCAGCGUACCUUGGCUGGAAUUUGAGGUGGAUGCAAUGCCUAAUCUCUUGAAACUCAAGUUAAUUUUCGAUGCCCAUGGAGUAGAUCAACACGGUACUAUACCUGUCGGCAUCAUGCACAUAACAGGCCUUAAGGAGAUCUCUGCAAAAAUUGGGUGUGCUGGUGCCAGUGAUCCCGAUAGAAGGGCUGCAGAAUCAGCCCUGAUUGACGCUAUUAAGAUGCAUCCGGCACGUCUCUCCUUCAACAUACAGUGUUUAGAUGAGAUGUUCAAUGGUAAGGAUGAUAAUAAUAGCAGGGUGCAAGAGGAAGAAAUAGAACACACGACUUUGCAAAAACAAUAUGUGGUCAUGGAGGAAGACUCAAUUGAACAGCAUGGACUCCUUCAAAAGGGUUCCAGGGAAGAUGCUCACUGCAGGAAGAAGAAAGUACGCGGGAGAAGCACUGGUCCCGGUUCUGUUGCUGAAAUCAUCAAGAAGUGGAAGGAGCAAAACCAGAAGCUCCAGCAAGACAAUAGAUCCCUGAAAGCGCCGGCCAAGGGUUCCGAGAAAGGGUGCAUGGCAGGGAAAGCAGGUCCGGAAAAUUCAAACUGCGCUUACCGCGGUGUGAGACAGCGGACGUGGGGCAAAUGGGUGGCUGAAAUCCACGAGCCCAACCGUGGCCAACGGCUAUGGCUUGGUUCAUUCCCUACUGCAGUGGAAGCCGCGCGCGCAUAUGAUGAUGCAGCAAGGGCAAUGUAUGGCGCCACAGCACGUGUCAACUUCUCAGAGCACUCCCCAGAUGCCAACUCUGGUUGCACGUCGGCACCUUCGUUGCAGAUGUCUAAUGAGGCCACCACUGCGUCACAUCCGUCUGAUGAGAAGGAUGAAUCGGAAUCUCCUCAUCUUAUCUCAAAUGCGCCGACAGCUGUGCUGCAUCAGUCUGAUGCGAAGGAUGAGUCUGAUACCAUCUUACGUCUGUAGGGACUGUGGUGCAUAAGGUGAAAACAGAAGUAAGAAAUGAGAAAUGAUUUGAGAAGUAUGUACUCAUGAGGAGGCACUGGAAGAGUUUCCAACCAAAAGGGGAGGCUUUACAUAAAUAAGUGAAGGUAUGUUACAGUUACUUCAACGUCGAGAAGUUCUUGACAUGAUAAUUGCGGAACUAAGUGCUGAUCGAAGAAUGAGUGCAAGUACAUGAAGAGUACCAAGAUGGCGCUGAUGGGUUUAGUCUUUUCUCGUAUUAGAGUUUUAGCUACGUACGAGGGUUGUAGUCAUGCUGAGCAAUAGGGAUAACUACACUCUAGCUGCCAGGAAAUACAACCUGAAACCGAAGCUUUGUAGAAAGAAUAGCUUUAUACCAUACGUCAACGGGUACAAGAAGUUGUCCUGUGUGUUCAGUUCAUGUACUAUGGUAGAAAUUGAGUCCUUUUUUUUUUUGAAACCGAAGUCCUUAUUCAAUGAGCUUACUCUGUUGAUAUUUUUUAUUAUUUGUUUGGUUGAACUCAAGUU